AUGGCAACCUCCAAACUACCAGCACCAGCAGGCCCGGGUCCGAUGCUAGAGGAUCAAGAGGGGUCUCCAGGGCUGGAUCAACAGCCAGCAAAAAGCAUGGCACAGGUGAAGGCAGAGGAAUUUUUAAAUGUUUUCAAUGGUAACUUAGAAGUUUUAGAUAGAAAUCUUAGAGAUUUUCAUUCAGAUUCCAAUUCAAGAUUUUCAGACGUCUUAAAGAAGGAAACACUUCUUGUAGAAGUUAUUCAUGCUCAAUACAAAGAACUUUAUAGGAUUGUCAAACAAGAUAAUAAAGAUGUUUCUAGUUUAGAUAAAAAAUUGUUUCUUUUUUAA